AUGGCGACCGCAACAUCCCAGAACAGGAACCUCCCCCCUGCGCCUGCUUAUCAGUACCCUCAGGCCCCGCCGCAACAGCAGCAGCAACAGCAUCCGCAGUACCAGCAGUCAUAUCAGCAGUCUUACCAGCAGCCCCAGCAGCAUCCUUCCCAACAACAACAUCAGCUUCAUUCGACUCAGCAGCGCCCUGCGAACCCAACCAGGAAAUCUAGAAGCUUCAGUCUCAGGUCGGACAAAUCCCAGGGUUCUAGCAGCAAUCAGAAAGCCGACAAGGUCGACUUGCACGAGACCUCAGCCGAGAAGGAAGCCAAAAGACUUCACAGCAAAGCCGAUCCCACCCUCGCAAUGCAAGAGGCGGAACCUGCACAGGUUGCCGCAAACGAAGCAUCGUCGCUCGCGCCUUUGAGGAGCAUUCAACACAAGGAUCUCUAUGGCAACCCAAUCGCCGAACCUGACCGCUCUAAUCCCACCAGAAGCCGCUGGGAACGACCAUUAGAUACGAUUCGGAGUUUCGAGGCAGCAAUUGAUGGCGGAUAUAGCAACAGGAGGUCCAUGAUCCGGCCCGACCCGGAUGCCAGAGCCAACCGACGAGCUAGCUAUUAUGGCAAUGGCAAUGGUGGUAGAUUCUCGCACGACAGCUACUACGGCAGCCGGCCGCCAUCCAUGAUGUACCAUGAUCGUGUCGGUGGGAGCCAACAGGACCUCAGACAACAUCACUACGACCAAGGGUACAACGGUCACCCGGCAGCUGGACGGCAAAGGUGGAACCGAAUGCAGUCCGACCCGCACGGUAACAGGCCGGGUCCCAACGAAUACGUGCUCCCCAGCAACCAUCGGUCCUAUGAGACAGUCACAACGGCGUCAGGGAGUGGUACGUCAGGAGAGCCAGCCGGGUAUCAGACGGACCCAACAAGCAGCGAUAAUAGCUCCAUCGAGCGGGUUCAGUCGGCGCCGAAGAGGAAACCAGCACCGCAACAACAGCAGAUGAACGACUACGGCAUUGGGUUCAGCAACAACUCGGUGUAUCCGCCACCAUCGUUUGCAGUGGGAGCUCAAAGCAGCAGUUCAAGCUCGGGAGAUUUGCCCAACUUUCAGCAACAGGCACCCCCUCCAGCGGUUCCCCAGAAGGGUUCGACGUUGAGGAAAACCACGACUGCGUCGCCACCUCAAGUGCAGGAUAGACCCUCGCCACCGGAGAAGAGGAAGAGUUGGUUUUCGAGGAGGUUUAGCAAGAACAACUAA